AUUGAUUGCUUACAUCAACAUGUAAUAUGGAAUUGUGAAGUGUACACUUUUAAAGCACCACAAAACUCGUCAUUCGCAACGAAUGCUGUUUACAGAGAGCUGUUAAAUUAAAUAAAUCCUUUCCUAUGAAUUUGGGUUUAUUUAAUCGCGUUAACUUUAAGGAAAACACUGAAAGCAAGGGAAUGUAUUCGGAAUGGACUUCUUUAAGUCCUGUGGUUCAGAGAUGCGGCUCGGAGGGUUACAGCGUUUUAGACAAGUUCGGUGUGUCAAUCGGACGUGAGGUGACCAUAAAUGUCGUAAAGCAGUUGGCAAAUAAUUUAGGCAUUACCCAGGCAGCUGAGCCUAGCCCGCUUAAUACUGACAAAGAGGUUCAGUGGUGUAUGGAAGUAAUUUGCUUUGGUUUAUCUUUGCCUUUAACAGAGCACGACAUUAUAAAAGAUUGUGUGAAUAUUUAUUGCGAAUGGUUGUCAUCCUUGCUGCCAACGAACAAAGUUUGCGUACCCGGACCUGUUUGCAAUGAGCCUAAUAUGUACGCACGGAAAAUCAUCGGGCAUUGCUAUCAUUUAUUUUUACCACGCGAAGGAGAAGAUUGGACUUUUCUAUAUCAGGAUAUAGGGCAAGACGUUAUCAAUAGACAAGCAGUAUUAUGUCACAGAGUAUUACGAACCUUACAGCAAGUGGCCCAGGAGUCAAAAAUAUUAGAAAUGGAAACGUGGGAGUCCCUUUUGUUAUUCCUGCUAUCAAUUAACGACACGCUGCUCGCCCCGCCCUCUGUGAAGGACGAUGUUGCCGAUCAGUUAUGCGAAAGGGUUUUAAGUGUAUUGUUUGAAGUCUGGUUGAUCGCAUGCGCAAAAUGUUUCCCAACGCCACCGCUUUGGAAAACAUUGCGCGAACGUUGCAUGAAUUGGCGUCAUCGUAUCGCACUUAUCGAACAGUGGAACAGAGUGAAUUUGGCGUUAACGGCACGUGUGCUUGCUUUCAUGUAUGGUCCGGGAUUUCCAGAAUUAAAAAUAGGUGAAGACGAUCUGAUUCCUGCAGGUAUGUCUAACAACACAGUCGUACAGGCAUGGUAUCGUUUCCUUAAUACAAUUGGCAACCCUGCCAACUUAACCAAACCUGAGAUUAUUAGUCAGACACCGAAAUUUUUACAUUACGCUAUAAGCAAUGAGACAGUUGUUGAUCCGUGCUAUCACAGCUGUUUGCAAGCGCUUCCCUUAAUAUUUUUAAAAGCGAUCAAGGGAAUAGCAGGGCAGGUUGAUGCAUUUUUAGGUAUAGCACAACCGAGUUGGUGGGACGAGGUAGUGGUUGGAUGUAGCACUGAUAAGAACAAGGAGAUAGGUUCCUCUACCUCAAUACAUUCUCCUACUCCGCCACCUCAGCGCAGACUUGCUAAAAGCUUUAGUGUUGCCCCUUCUGCAGUGUCUAAGGGUUAGAUAUUUUUCUUUUCUUUCUUGAUGUCUGUCUGUUAAGGGGUGUGCAAAUUAAUAACUCGGAUGAACACACAAAACACUUGAACACAAUUUCAAGGUUUUCAGAAAAUAUUGUCUCGUGACAUUUGACAAAGGUGAGAGGUUUAGUAAUUAAAAAAUGUACAUCUAAGAGUCUAAUUUGUUGAAAAGUUACUUCCCUGAUGCAGAAUCUUCACAUGUAACUAUCUGAACACUUUUCCUAAGCAAUUAGACAUAGUGUUAAAGGUCUCCAAGUAUAGAGCACGUCACUGCAAUUCUCAAAACCUUAACAAAUACGAGUGCUUAAAUAACCGCAAUGUGAUGCUUUGUCUACGUUAUGAUGAUAGUUUAAAUUGUUAUUGUUUGCUGUGUUUAUGACGUGACAUGCUUUUACGACAUAGUCGAUCAAAAUAUGAUGCAACAUUUUUAACAUUUUAGUUGCUAAGCGCAAUUUUUGCAUGACGUGAUAACUAAAAUUAACAUAAAAAUACUAGCAUAAGUUUUUGAUUAUUUUUGUUGAACGUUUUUUAUUUAAAAAAAUACUUCAGUAGCACUCAAACAAAAUUACGGCAAGUUCCUUAGCGGGAAUGAAAGCAGCAAAAUUCUCAGGUCGGCAAAAGGUCUCUUUUCAAACUGAUACAGGCGUAAACCUGCAUGGCCUUGUAACUUUAAUGCUCGUUUUAUAUUAACAUAGGGAUAAUUACUUAACGGGAGUGAAAUUCUAAAAUAUUAAUUUGUCCUCUUCUAAAUGACAAGAACUUUCGGAUGCAACAAAGAUAAUUGAAAUGUGUUGACGGAAACGGUUGCAAACGGCGAAUUAAUUACAGCUUUUAUGUACAAUAACGGCGGCUGAAACACACCUCUAGAAAUUACCAAUUACCUUUACCUUCUAUCUUCAACUUCUAGAACCAGCACAAAUACUUUCGGCAUAACACUUUUCGUAACGAAGCGCCUCCAGAUACAGGGUGAUCAUUAAAGUACGCACACUUCAAGGUGGAAAAUAGGUGCUUCGUUACACGGUAUGGAAGUUGGAUAGGGUUAAAAGCUUAAUUUUGGUAAAUUUGUGACAAUAAAAUUUCGGGACGUUGUGCUCAAAUAAAUCGCCAAUGUUAAAUAUUCCAUCAAAAUCGAUAUGUUACCUGAAUUAUACCUUUAAAUCAAUAAAUACUAUCAAAGGCAUGUAAUACAUCGUUUGCUUUAUUUGUGAUGCAAACGUUAUAGUUAUUAGUAGUUAUUAGUAGCAUGCGCAAAACCAAAAAAUAAGGGUAUCCUUGGACCAAGCCCUUUCAAAUGAGUCCUAAAGUUCUAAAUUGGUCGAUUGGCCUUGAAAAUUGUUUCUAUUCGUUGAUGUAUAUGGAAAAGCAGUCUUUGCACAAUAUUUACCACUUUUUCCACAAAAUAUAAUUAAUUUAAACACUCGUGUAAAUAUACUUCAACUUUCAAAAUGAAAAAUAUACUUAAUCACUGUAACGCUCGGUAUUACAAAUUUUAUAUACAUGGUAAUUCAAAAAUAUACAGGUACCAUCACAUUAUAGUAGGUUCAUAAUUCUCUGUAAUUGUGAAUUCACAAAAGCAUGCACAUGUUGCGAUACUUUAACGUGAUUGUCCCCAAUCAUUUGGCAUUA